GUUUACUAAGGACAUCCGGCUCAGGAAGGUCGAUUCUUUUCCUGCAGCACACGUAUAUUUCGAUCUGGUCAUCCUUGGAAUGUUCAAUGAACUGCACGCCGUGUGCACCGCGAGUUCAGUUUUCAGUGACGUGAGAGUUUAAUGACCAUAAAAAUUUGUCAUUGGGGAAUUUAUUUUUAUGCCGCAGCAACCGGCAAUCUUCGAGAUCGUAAACUGAAUAAAAACGGUUUUUGUGUAGUUAAAAACUUGCCGGGCCUUAGCCUUUACUAAGAUUGGCUCAUAAAUUAAAUGCCUUUAUCAGUUGCGUCCGUAUAGCAUUUGCGUUGACUUUUGCAAAGCCCGGUUUUUGACUACCUUGGAUUUUUUAUGUGUUCGAUCGGUACGCAAAAGCCAGCCAUUAAUUUGAGCGCAUGCCGUCAAAAGCUACCCAAGCAAUUUAUUUAGUGAAAAGAGGAACAUAAAACAGUCCUCAAACAACAGAAGUUAUACGAGUUCAAAGCAAAUAUUGACAGUGGAAAAGAUUUGUUUAUUCAAAUUGUACAGUGCCUUCUAAGAAUACAUUGUGCUUAGUGAAGUGACAAUACAUGACGAUUGUUCUUGGCAUCCGCAUAAUUUCUCUUUUGGAAAAACUUUGACGCCGGGACUGCUUAAAUCUCACAAUAGUAGGAUUAAAUGUCUUAAUUAUGCGGUAAGUGGUCAGACCCAAUCCAAAGUUCGAAGGUAAAGAGAGUGCUUGUAAUUAGGACCUGGCCUAUCGGAUGACCUACAAUGUUCAGUUCAGGUUCCGCGAUGGGCUGACUGGCUGAAAAUCUCUCCCCGUAAACAAACAUAUUUGCCAACGGUACCUGAAAUCCAAGACGAAAAGGACCAUACUUAACAAACCCGUCGUUACCCCAUCCGUGUCGCCCGUCAACAAAUUUCCCGAAAGAUUAAUGCAACAAAGAAAUUGGGAUGGAAUAGAACCGUACGAUCCAAAAGCAAUAAAUCAAAUUUAUGGAGCUUAAAGAACCUGUGAUAAUGGAUGUAACAGAAUCAUUUGCUAGCAACGAGCAAGACAUUUCCAAAACGGAUUUCUUCGAUUUCGUCGUAACUCCCGACUCCGACGACGUCCAAUCGAUACAACAGUACUCGAAGCAAAUGCGAAACGUCAACGCGUUCCUAGGAAACGGCACCUCGGAGGAGAACAAAGAGACCAAUAACAACAGCAUGUUGAUCUCUGAAAUACCCACCACUACCUCAGACAAUACCAUCACGAACUUCGACGCCAACCUUUGGAGCGAAAAGGACACCGUUCGAUUGGAAACUGCCAUUUUAGAAGACUUGAACAAAUACUGUUGGUCCAACGAUGAAAUAAACGGUGUGGUGCAGAUUAAACAGCAAAGCAGUAGCAAUAACAACAAUAACAACACUGAUGGUCAAAUAUAUACGCUCACGGUGCUGAACGGUUUGGACCAAAGCGCCACGUGGUAUCGGCAGCCUCUUUCUAUUAAGGAAGAAGAGGUAUCGAUAUCGAGUCCGAGUUCAAUGGAACAUUUGCAAGGAGGUCUAGACAUAGAUUCGAUACUGAAUAUAAUUCCGGGACAGAUUAGCAACUUUAGCGGAAACUAUAGUGAUGCAACGAUGAGUCCGAAUACUGACGGCCUGAUAAAAUCGGAAACUUACACCUACGAGGACAGUGGAUUUGCCGACAACAAAGAAGAACUGGCGAAUUCGCUCAUCAUCGAUACACCGCUUUUAGAAGCGCACGAUAGUUUCAACAACAACAAUAACGACUGGAAGCUGACUAAUAAUAACACUCAAAACGGUUCCGCCGAUUCUCUACUACGCAGCGCUUUACAGGGUAAAGCGUUCGUGCGUUACAAUGGCGGCGCCAAAACCAACAAAGUCGUCGAAACGAAUGUCGAGUUGCGCAGAGUUUUGUCAUCGCCUACCAAAACUGAAGCCGUGUACAUUAACAAGGAUGAACCGGAGCACAUACCUACGAUUGUGGCGGGUAUCGAUGCCAAUGGGAAAGUCGUGUUCGAGGAACAAAUCAGCGGUAGAACGAUAGAGUCGACACCAGAAAACCCGUCGAGCACGCAUAACAUGGACGACAUUAUUCUGAGUCAGCUGGAUCAUCCGUUCCCAGAAGACUUCGAAAAAUUAAAACGGAUAGCCAACGAAGUAGCGGAAUCCGUAAAUCAAUAUUGUUUAGACACCAGCUCGACGGAGAGUACGGUCCAGGCCAGCAUAAAUACAGAACAGAUCGGUAUUCUGUACAAUAUAGCAUCGCCGAUCCAAAUAACAACGCCGGUCGUGACUAGUACGAAGCCUACCAAAAAGUACAAAAGAUCGAACAGCGGAAACAAGUCCCAAACUACGAUCCAAAACGCCACUUCAACCAGCAACGGAGUGAGGAAGGAGAGAUCACUGCACUACUGUAGCAUAUGUUCGAAAGGGUUUAAAGACAAGUACUCAGUGAAUGUACACAUACGAACGCACACGGGAGAAAAACCAUUUGCGUGCAGCUUAUGUGGGAAAACAUUUAGGCAGAAAGCGCAUUUAGCUAAGCAUUAUCAGACGCAUAUCGCGCAAAAGAACGCUGCUGCAGCUGGUAAUGUUUCCACAUCAAAGACAAAAUCGAGGUAGCUCGUUUUCGGGCUGUUGGUGGAAUGUUAGGGACCAUGUUUUGGGUUUAUUUUGGCGCGUGGUCAAAAUUUUUUUCAAAAAUGAAGUGUACCUAUCUGUAUAGGUAUUAGAGGUUUGUUUUGUCCUAUGGACAAGGAUAAUAAUACACGAAAUUUAGGAACGUUUUAGCAGUAUUUAGUGCUAGACAAGAACAAAAGGUAAUUUUUUACGGUCAGGCAUUUUGUGAACCAUGUAGAAAUACGUCUUCUGCUCAAAAUUACAAACAGAAAUGUGUUUUAAAGGAAGAAGAGGAAUCUGUGAUAAUUAGUAAACGUGUAGCAAAUGAUUAACGUACAUCAAAAAUUGCAGUCUUUAUUCGAAGAAUACAUUACUAACCAAAAUCAGAAAUUCACAAUCAACACGAUUGCACUUUGCCUUAAAUUCGAAUUUCUAAAGGAAACUUAAUGGGUAUUUGUUUAUAUCGUUUAACUUUAAGUUAGAAAGAAAUGAACAGAACAAAGUUGUCAUAGACCAUUAACAAGGUUCAUUUUGCGGUACACUAAUGUAUGUUAAUAAAUGUGAGACCAAUACGUCUUAUGUCAACCGCUUUAUCAAGCAUUUCUAUGUAUGUGUUUUUUAAAUAGUACGAAUUUUAGAAAACACUUUUCCCAAUGACGAUAUAAAUGGUAAAAUUUCGCUAUGUCAGAUAGUUUUCAUCCUUAUGCAAACCUAAAUUUGUAGUCUUUAACUUCUAAUUAGCACAAUGGUACUCAAUGACAAAAAAAGUUAAUUUCAUAAUGUUUACUUCGAAACGAGGGCUGUUUUUUAACACUAUUUGUAUCUGCGAAUGAGAAAAUAUUGCCGUAGAAAUUCUGUAAACAUUUAUUUCACUAAAAAGACAUCUAAUUAUAACUUUGAACUUGCAAUUGGGAAAUGUGGUUCUUUUGUGAAAAUAAUAUGUGGGACGCUCUCGAAUGCUGCAGAUUUAGCUACAUUUAAACGGUUGUGAAUUUCUUAUAACGUGAUAUUCUCUAUAUGACAAAAACACCUAACAUUCCAGCAAAUCUUAUUAGAAAAAUUGAUAUACAUAGUUCGAGCAAUAAGAGAUAAACAAUACUCAAAUGUAAUCAAAACGAUGUUUUGUUCCUACUCAAAUGUUUUCUCUUAUUUCGUAGUUUUUUUUUUGUAUAAUAAUGUGCUGUGAUUUUUGAAUAUGAAAUUAUGAUAAAAGGAUAAGUAAGUUGAAAAUCUGCCUAAAUUUUUUUCUUGCCAUUUCUGUAUUAUUAUUUACAUCGUAAUAUUAGUAAGUUUAUUUAUUUUUUUGUAGCGAUUUAAAAGGUUUUUCGUAGUUUUGUUAUGCAAACAGGGUGGACUAACAGUAAUGUUAAUGUAUUUUAAGUUUAUUUCCUAAUAUUAAAAGUAUUAUUCUACCCUGGAUUUAUGAAUAAGUUUUUUGUAUAGGAAGCAGAGAAGAGACAACGAAUUCGGAUGAUAUUACAAUUAAUGUAUUUAGUACCGUACCGUCUUUUACAUUAAAUUUAAGUACCUAAUCUUUAACUCUUAUUUAUAAUUAAAUGGAUAUUUUAAUUUCUUCUUAAAUUAGUGUAGUUUCAGUUUACCAUAAUAUUAUAGGCAUUAAAUGACCUUUUUACCUUCGAAUACUCACUACAUGUAAAUUUAUAUUUAUAUUUAUAAAACUGUGUAUUAUGCUAUAUAUAUAAAACCUUGUUGUUGAGUUGCGAGCUUGUUGAAAUUUUGUAUUUUUGUACUUUUAUACCGCAUGCCGAUUUGUUGUUUAUUUUUAUAAAUAUUUAUAAGGACCUAGCUCUUCACAAGUUGUUGUUUCCCCGAUACAUUUAAAAUACUACUUUUUACUAAUACCACUAGAUUAAAAGCAGCAUUUGUUUACUUCUGUAACGGAUUAUAGUAAUGACAAAUUGCCAUGGUAUAGGGAUUUUUUAUUUUAUCUCUGGAUCUCAUUCAAAUAUUUGAUUCGUCUCGCAUGUGACUGCGGUAACUGCCAAGUUUUCUAAAUGUGUUCUUCGAUAGAUGUGUGUUGCUAUUGUUGCUAUUACACGUAUACAUCUUAUUACAUCCUCUGAAUAAUACGUGUACGCAAUUACAACAAACGACUUUACACCUUCCGUAUUGUACUCCAUAUACCGCCAUAGAUUGUCAACUUUUUGCGUUAUGUAUAGUUUUAUCAGAUUUUAUAAUUUUCUUUAUUAUUGUAUUAUUGAUUUUAUCCGAAUAUCUUUAUACUAGAUUCAUAUAAUAUUUACAUUUUAUAACAUUUUUUAUUAUACCUAUUAUGUUUUGUGACCAAUAAAGUUUUUAAAAA